AGUUAAAGAGAGCAGAACCUUCUUGGAAAGAGAUAAGAGUAAUAUAUAAACAAAAACACACAAAAUAAUUACUCAAAUUCAUUUUAAUUAGGUAUAGCUUUUUGAUCCUAAUUCAAUUUUUUCUUUGCCUCCUUAAAUCCUUCAAUUCGCCUGGACGUGUGGUUUCUUAUAGAAACAUUAUAAUUAUUCACGUUUUGGUGGUUUUUUUGGGGGUUUAACCAAUAUUUUUAUGAAAUUGGAGGGUUCAUUUCAUUUUUUAUGUUGAUUUGAUUCAAUUUGUGGCAGGGUUUAACCAAUUUCUUGCCGAUCUCGCUAUUUGGAUACUGCUUUAUAUCCUUUACUAUGGAAAAAAUGGACUGCUGAAGUAGCUUGGAGCAUGAAAUUUUCGAUCUUGAGUAUCUUGUUUUUGAGUGUGUGGGUGAUGGUUCCUGCUUUUUGAGCGGUGGGUGGAGUUUUGUUUUGAGUCUGGAUUUUAGUAGUUGAGGCUAAACCCUAGUAUUUGCUGCUGAAUCGAUUACAAUUGGCUUUGGUGUUUGGGGUUUUCUUGGACGGAAGAAGCAGUCUUCCUUCUUUACUGCCUGUCUCACCGGCCCUGUGGACUAGAGGAUUAUCAUUCUGUUUCAUGUCUCGUAAGUUGGACAGUCCAGUUCAAACUCAGAUGGCAGUGGCUAUUUUUAAGAGUCCGCUCAGCGGGGAAUAUCAUGGAAGCAGGAAAAUGGAAGGGAAACAACCUGCUGGGAGGAGACGGGUGUUUGUUCAAACUGAGACUGGAUGUGUUUUGGGGAUGGAUUUGGAUAGGGGAGACAAUGCUCAUACAGUGAAAAGAAGGUUGCAGAUUGCACUUAAUGUCUCGACUGAGCAGAGCUCCUUGACAUUUGGGGAUAUGGUGCUGAAUAAUGAUCUUAGCGCAGUUCGUAAUGAUUCACCCCUGCUUUUAACACGUAGUCUUAUGCAUAGAAGCUCAUCUACUCCGUGUCUUUCGCCAACCGGCAAGGAUAUACAGCAAAAGGACCAGGGUGCUGUUAUUGAGGUAUUAGGACAUUCGGAUAGAUUUGGUAAAAUGAAACACUUGGUCAAGGAAAGUGUCAAGGCGAUCAAGGCUGGUGUGGAUCCGCUUCUUGUUCAGGGUGGGCUUGGAGGCGCAUACUAUUUCAGGAACAGCCGAGGUGAGAGUGUUGCAAUUGUUAAGCCAACGGAUGAAGAGCCUUUUGCACCAAACAACCCAAAAGGCUUUGUUGGUAAAGCUCUGGGGCAACCAGGUUUGAAACGGUCUGUGCGUGUUGGGGAGACCGGGUUUAGGGAAGUUGCUGCUUAUCUUCUUGACAAAGAUCAUUUUGCAAAUGUGCCCCCUACGGCUUUGGUGAAGAUUACUCACUCGAUCUUCAAUGUCAAUGAUGGGGUGAAUGGUAACAAAUCUCACAAGAAGAAGCAGGUUAGCAAGAUUGCAUCUUUCCAACAGUUCAUACCGCAUGAUUUUGAUGCCAGUGAUCAUGGGACAUCCAGCUUUCCUGUGUCUUCUGUGCAUCGUAUUGGGAUAUUAGACAUUAGGAUUUUUAACACUGACAGACAUGCUGGAAACCUUCUAGUGAGGAAGCUUGAUCGUUUUGGGAGAUUUGGACAAGUAGAGCUGAUUCCGAUCGAUCAUGGUCUUUGCUUGCCAGAAACAUUGGAGGAUCCGUAUUUUGAGUGGAUUCAUUGGCCCCAGGCUUCAAUACCUUUCUCAGAGGAUGAGCUCGCUUAUAUAGAAAAAAUGGAUCAUGUAAAGGAUUGUGAGAUGCUGCGAAGUGAGCUUCCUAUGAUCCGAGAGGCUUGUCUAAGGGUCUUGGUUCUCUGCACAAUUUUUCUUAAGGAAGCUGCAGGUGCUGGUCUCUGUCUUGCUGAAAUUGGUGAGAUGAUGACCAGGGAAUUCCGUGGCGGGGAGGAGGAACCCAGCGAGCUUGAGAUUGUAUGUAUAGAGGCGAAGAGGCUGGUUGCGGAGAGGGAGGUCCUUUCUCCCCGGACUGACUUGGGAGAUGAUGAUUUUCUAUUUGACAUAGACUGUGAUGAAGCAGAAUUUGGUUUCACUCCAAAGAUGUCAGCUGAAGAUUAUAUGACUCGAACAGCUUUUCAGUAUGGGUCUCUGGCUGGGAAUGCUCGCUCCCCUCUUUCAAAACUGGAUGAAAGCAUAGAAGAGGAAGAUGAAGAUGAUGAGAAUGGAGAAAGGGACCAUGGGAAAGAGGGAUUUACUGUUCUAACCUUGCCUGAAAAAUUACCAACAAUGUCAAAGCUUUCAAUGUCACUGAAGAAUACCAGUUUAGGCGACAAAAAACUGAAAUGCCAGAAAUUCUUAGGAUCAAAACCAGAAAAUGGGUAUUAUUCCAACACAUCAUCCGGUCACAGGAGUGCAAAUGAGCAACUUCCGGCAAGCGUGAGUUUCGUGGAGCUGGCCGACAUGAGUGACGAGGAGUGGACUCUGUUUUUGGAGAAGUUCCAGGAACUGGUGUAUCCAGCAUUUGAGAAACGAAAAUCCGUGACCCUAGGCCAGAGGCAGAGGCUGAGGUUGGGGACUUCGUGUCAGUUUUGAUUGAAAUAGCAGAAUAAAACGCAGGAUCGGUUUUGUGGGAGUGAUCAACAUCUAGGAUAGGUUCGGUUCAGUUCAGUUCAGUUCAGCUGAAUGGGUUCGGGGGUUCAGGUUCAGGUCAGGCUGUUGUAGUUGAGUUGGACAGUAGUAACUGGUGUAAAUAGUUUGAUGGAAUUAGGUUAGCUUAAGUGAGGUCCGAGUUAGAAUUGGUUAUGUUGUUGCUGUCAUUUUUUUCUUCUUUUGCUGCUUUCACUCCCAGUCCUUGUGGACCUGUUUGAUAAAUAAUUUGUAGAAUGAAAAGAAAACAUAGAAAUGUUUUGUAAAUAUACUUCCUCUCAGUUUCCUCUUCU